CAACCCAAGAAAAAGAAAACACAUUUUUAACAUCUCUUUGUUGCGGCUAGGGUUUUCACUUUCUCAUCUUCUUCUUCUUCUUCUUCCAUCUCAUAACAGAUCUAUCUCAAUCUCUAAUCAUGGAGAUGAGUAAUUAGGGUUUUAACAAUAUUAGGGUUUUUGUUCUUAGUUUUUGUAUACAGAGUAAGUGGAGAUAAGAAAUGGCAUCAACAAACCCUUUUGAUCUUUUGGGUGAUGAUGAUAAUGAUGAUCCAUCACUGUUGAUCCAGAAAGCUGUUGCUUCUGCUGCUGCUGCACCAAAGAAAGCUGCUCCUGUAACAAAUGCUGCUGCUCCUACCAAACAGGCUAAAUUGCCUACAAAGCCUGUACCUCCUACUCAGGCUGUGAGGGAUGCCAAAAAUGAAGGACGAGGAGGGUCUCGUGGUGGACGAGGUGGUCGCGGUGGACGCGGCGGUGGACGCGGAUUUGGACAAGAUUCUGGAUAUGGAGGAAAUUCAUAUAACAAUAAUGCUUCUGGUGGAUAUGGCAAUACUGAAGAGGGAGAGAAGAAGCCAUUCGAAAGGCGUGAGGGUUACGGAGGGUCACGUGGUUCAUUUGAAAGGCGUGGGGGUUAUGGUGGCCGCCGAUCUAACGGAGAUGGCGGAGAUGAGGAACGCCCUAGAAGGGUAUUCGAACGACACAGUGGAACUGGACACGGAAAUGACUUCAAACGUGAAGGAUCUGGUCGUGGCAAUUGGGGAACUGCUGGUGAUGAAAUUGCUCGGGAUACUGAGCAACCCAAUGAAAAUGAGAAGAACUUAGGUGCAGAGAAGUUCGCAGGGGAGGAGGAUAAUACAAAAGUCAAUAGUGAGACUCCUGCAACUGAGGCAGAGAAGGAACCUGAGGAUAAGGAGAUGACUCUCGAGGAAUAUGAGAAGAUUCGUGAAGAGAAGAGAAAGGCUCUGGAAGCACUGAAGACUGAGGAAAGGAAGGUUGAGAUGGACAAAGAGUUGAAAUCCAUGAAGCUGAUUUCCAACAAAAAGCAAAACGAUGAAAUUUUCGUCAAACUGGGCUCUGAUAAGGAUAAGCGAAAAGAAGUUUCUGAAAAAGAAGAGAGAGCCAAAAAGUCCCUUAGCAUUAAUGAGUUCCUAAAGCCUACUGAGGAGGAAAGAAACCAGGGAGGACGUGGUCGUGGUGGAAGAGGACGUGGUCGUGGUGGAAAUUAUGCUGGUGGCAAUCGGGUGAAUAAAAGUAGUGCUGCGGCUCCAUCUAUUGAAGAUCAAGGGGAGUUCCCAACCUUGGGUGGCAAGUGAGAUCAACUUCUCUAUCUUUUUCUCACAUCUGUCUUUCCCUUUUUUUGGUUUGAGUGGUAGGAUAUCCACAGGAAACAAUGGCGUUCUCCUGUGUAAGAAGAUUUAUCAAAUUAAACUGUUUUAAAUAUUUUGGCUUAUUAUACAUCUUAGGUGUUCUUAGUAGCCUCGCUUAUUUCCUAUGAUUUUCAUAA